AUGAAAAGAAAAAAAAAGGAAAGAAAGAGAGAAGAAAGAGUAGGGGCGGAAGCGAGGAGGAGUUUACCCGCAACCUCCACGAGUGCGCAUGCACAUGAGGGAAAAGAGAAAUGUGCGUGUGAAGCUCACGUCACCGCUUGUUUUUUUUUCUUUUCUCAGUCACAACUUCCUCCGUUGUAUGCUUGUACACGCAUACAUUUAUUUGCUCAUUUAUUGAAUUACUUCAUGCUUUCGACACUUCAACCUCCCACCUCCUCCCACUUAUCACGGAAUGCAAAAAAAAAAAAAGAAAGAAACGCCUUUGUUGUGAUGGUGAGUGGCGUACCUCAACAUCUUCCCUUCCCUUCUCUUCUCUUCUCGUGCUGUGUCGUGUCGUGUCUCGCUGUUUCUCUUCUUAUUGUUGUGAUUGGCAUUUAUAUGUAUGUAUAUUUAUAA